AUGGUUCUGCACAACCCCAACAACUGGCACUGGGUGAACAAGGAUGCCUCGGCGUGGGCGCGUCAGUGGUUCGACGAUAACCUCACCAAGCUGGAGGCGAAGGAGGGGGAUGUGACGGCCAAAAUCAGCAAGGUCGUCAGCAUGGAUGGAGAUGUCGACGUAGCGCAGCGCAAGGGCAAGGUCAUUACGAUUUUUGAUGUCAAGUUAACCCUGGAGUACACAGGCUCCACCGCCGAGGAUGACGACGUUUCGGGCACCAUCACCGUCCCCGAGGUCUCGCACGAGCUCGAAGAGGACGAAUUCGUGUUCGACAUUGAUGUCUACUCCGAGUCCAAGGAGAAGCAACCCGUCAAGGACCUCGUUCGCGCCAAGCUCGUCCCCCAGCUCCGCAGCGAGUUCCUCAAGCUCUCACCCGCUCUCAUCAACGAGCACGGCAAAGACAUCCAGCACGCCCCCGGCUCGAACCCGUCCAGCGGAUUUUCCACCCCGAAGCUGCACCCCCAGGGCGCGGCCGCGGCCAAGCCCGCCGCAACGACCAGCACACAGACCGGCACCGGCGGUGUGGUGAACACGGUCACCGUGACAGACAGCGAGGAGUUUCGCACCACGGCCGAGGAGUUGUACCAGACCUUCACGGACCCGCAGCGGAUAGCCGCGUUCACGCGGGCCCCGCCCAAGGUGUUCGAGGGUGCCAAGGAGGGCGGCAAGUUCGAGCUGUUUGGCGGGAACGUGUCGGGCGAGUACCAGACGCUGGAGGCGCCGACCAAGAUUGUGCAGCGCUGGCGGCUGGACCAAUGGCCGGCGGGCCACUACUCGACGCUGCAGAUCGAGUUUGACCAGAACGAUGUCGACAAGGUCACUGUCAUGCGCGUCGAGUGGAAGGGCGUGCCUGUUGGACAGGAAGAGGUCACCAAGCGGAACUGGCUCGAGUACUAUGUCCGCAGCAUCAAGCGUACUUUUGGCAUAAAACUCAAUGUGAAAGACAACUUCGCCCGCGCCGAGAGCUUCCUCCGCGGUGCCGCCUCCCUCGGCGCCCACCUCGCCGUCCUCCCCGAAUACCACCUAACCUCGUGGUGCCCCGGCCACCCCUGCUUCAUCAAUGCCUGCGCCGAAUCAGCCACCUACCUCCCGCGCUACCAGGCUCUGGCCCGCGAGCUCAACAUGAACAUCGUCCCGGGGACCAUCUGCGAGGUGCAUCCCGCUAGUACUACUACUGGGUCAGAGCAAGGGCAGGAGGAGGGUAAGGAGAAUAAGGAGGAACAAAAAGAAAUCCGCAACAUGGCGUACUGGAUCGCAGCCGGCACCGGCGCCCUCAUCGGCACCUACCAAAAGGUCAACCUCUGGCACUCGGAGCGUCCACACCUCACCCCGCCACCAACAGACGCCUCUGCGCCGUCCCCACACAUCGCCUUCGACACCCCUCUCAUCUGGACCGAUCCAAACGGCCCCAACCCAGAAACGGAUGGUGCCCCCAUCCGCGCCGGCAUGCUCAUCUGCUGGGACGCCGUCUUCCCCGAAGCCUUCCGGUCCCUCCUCCGCCAGGGCGCCUCGCUCAUCAUCAUCCCCUCGUUCUGGGUCUGCGACGGCAGCGACCUCGACCCCGUCCGCACGCGUCUCAACUCCGAUUGCGAGGGUUUAUUCCUCAACUCGUUGAUGAUCACGCGGUCGUUUGAGAAUGAGGCGGUGAUUGUGUUUUGUAAUGCGCCUGGGUUGAGUCAGGUUGUGGCGCCUGUUGUGGGAAGGUUGCCUCUAGGGGUGCAGGCGGAGGCGAUGGGGAGGAAUGAGGAGGUGAUGAACGUGGUGGAGGUGGAUUUUGAGACGGUGAGGGUUUUGGAGGGGGAGUAUAAGGUGAAGCGGGAUGUGUUUAGGGAGGGGUGGCAUUAUGGGUAUGAGAGGGGGUGUUGA